AUGGAGAACAACCAAGAAAAGCACCCCUCCGCUACCAAGCUGACUUUCGUUAUCUUGGCCCUUUGUUUGGCCGUAUUCUGCAUGGCAUUGGAUAAUACAAUCAUCGCUACAGCUAUCCCUCACAUCACGGAACAAUUCCACGCCCUCAACGAUGUAGGAUGGUAUGGAAGUGCAUACCUCCUCGCGACCUGUUCUAUGCAACUUGUUUUCGGAAAACUCUACACAUUCUACCCAGUCAAAUGGGUAUUUCUAUCUGCGCUGGCCAUGUUUGAACUCGGAUCUCUCAUUUGUGGCAUCACGCCCAACUCGCUAGGUCUCAUCCUUGGCCGAGCAGUUGCAGGAAUUGGAGGGGCGGGGUUAUUUUCUGGUGCAAUUCUAAUUAUUUCGCAUACUGUGCCACUUGAGAAGAGACCAAUAUAUACAGGAUUGGUAGGAGGAAUGUAUGGAAUUGCUAGUGUUGCUGGGCCUUUGUUGGGUGGUGUAUUCACCGAUCAUGUCUCAUGGCGAUGGUGUUUCUACAUUAAUCUUCCUUUGGGGGCUCUCACGUUCAUCUUUGUGAUGCUCUGCUAUCAUUCACCCCCCAAAGCCCAACCCACCCUUAGUGCUGUGAAGCAGAUUAGGGAGUUUGACAUUAUUGGCACGCUCUUCUUUAUCCCAUCUAUCGUCCGCCUACUGUUGGCCUUACAGUGGGGAGGCUCGUCUUACCUUUGGAGCAGUGGCAGAAUUAUUACAUUGCUUGUGCUCUUCGCCGUCUUUAUGAUGAUUUUCAUAGGUGUGCAGGUUUGGAGACAAGAAAAUGCCACUCUACCUCCCCGAAUCUUCUGUCAGCGCGAUCUCCCGAUUUGGUUUCAAGCAACAAAAGGCGCCUCCGCAGUGGAAUCGGGUAUCAUGAAUCUCCCUCUCCUUUUAGCCCAGGUUAUCUUUUCAAUCGUCGCCGGAAUCUUGGUCACCACACUCGGGUACUACACUCCUUUCAUGAUCCUCUCAUCUAUCCUCAUGGCAAUCGGCGCUGGCCUUCUGUCUACAUUCCAGCCCGAAACAAGUCCUAGUAAAUGGAUCGGAUACCAGAUUAUCUUCGGAGCUGGAGUCGGUUUUGGAAUGCAACAAGCCUUGAUCGCUGUCCAGAAUUCUCUUCCUCUGGAAGAUAUACCCAUCGCGACUGCUACGGUGAUGUUCUCUCAGACGUUGGGCGGAGCUGUAUUUAUCUCUGUGGCACAAAAUAUCUUCACAAAUGAGCUUGCAAAGCAUUUGCUUGCUAUUUCUGAGGUGGACCCGACCAGUAUAGUCAACCUUGGGGCUACAGCCUUGCAGAAUUCGAUUCCCAAGGAUAUUCUACCGGCUGUGAUAACAACAUACAACAAUGGCCUGGUGAAUGCAUUCUACGUGUCAGUGGCAAUGGGAGCCUGUUCGGUUCAGUGGAAGUCGGUCAAAAACUGA